CGCUCACCCCAUCCAGGGCCUGAUUGGCAGGAAAGCUGCUUUGCAAUUGGUCUAAACGCGGCAUGGGCGGGACAAAGGGUGCGUGUCUCCUUGUCCCCUGUCCAAGAUGGCUGCGUCCAUGGCGCGGCGCUUGUGGCCUUUAGUGGCUGCUCGGGGUCUUCAUUCCCGGAGAGGCUGCAUCUGCAGCCACAGCCCAAGGAGAGCUUUUGCCACGGAAAGACGAGACCGGAACCUUCUGUACGAGCACGCGCGCGAGGGCUACAGCGAACUCCCUCAUCUGGACAUGGAAUCUCUGUGCGCAUGCCCGGAAGAGGCCGCGCGCUCCCUGCAGCUCCGCAAGGGGGAGCUGCGGCCUGAGGACCUGCCCGCGAUCAUCUCAACAUGGCAGGAGCUGAGGCAGCUGCGGGAGCAGAUCCGGAGUCUGGAGGAAGAGAAGGGGGCUGUGGCUGAGGCAGUACGGAACCUGCUGGUAAACAAGGACAACCCUCAAGUGCAGCAGGACCCCCAGUAUCAGAGCCUGCGUGCCCACGGCCGGGAGAUCCGCAAGCAGCUCAUGGUCCUGUACCCCAAGGAGACGGAGCUCGAGGAGGAGUUCUACCUGCGGGCGCUGAGGCUGCCCAACCACACCCACCCAGCGGUGCCCGUCGGCGACGAGAGCCAGGCCCGAGUGCUCCAUGUGGUCGGAGAUAAGCCAGCAUUCUCCUUCCAACCCCGGGGCCACCUGGAGAUUGCAGAGAACCUUGACAUCAUCCGCCAGAAGCGCCUGUCCCACGUGUCGGGCCACCGCUCCUAUUACCUCCGCGGGGCCGGGGCCCUCCUGCAGCAUGGCCUGGUCAACUUCACUCUCAACAAGCUUGUCCGCCGGGGCUUCAUUCCGAUGACGGUGCCAGACCUCCUCCGGGGAGCUGUGUUUGAAGGCUGUGGGAUGACCCCAAAUGCCAACCCAUCCCAAAUUUACAACAUCGACCCCUCCCGCUUUGAAGACCUCAACCUGGCUGGGACAGCAGAAGUGGGGCUUGCUGGCUACUUCAUGGACCACUCGGUCGCCUUCAGGGACCUGCCAGUCAGGAUGGUUUCUUCCAGUACCUGCUACCGGGCAGAGACAGACACCGGGAAAGAGCCAUGGGGACUGUAUCGAGUGCACCAUUUCACCAAGGUGGAGAUGUUUGGGGUGACGGGCCCUGGGCUGGAGCAGAGCUCCCAGCUGCUGGAGGAGUUCCUGUCCUUGCAGAUGGAGAUCUUGACGGAGCUGGGCCUGCACUUCCGCGUCCUGGACAUGCCCACCCAGGAACUGGGCCUCCCCGCCUAUCGCAAGUUCGAUAUCGAGGCCUGGAUGCCAGGCCGUGGCCGCUUUGGCGAGGUCACCAGUGCUUCUAACUGCACGGACUUCCAGAGCCGCCGGCUGCACAUCAUGCUCCAGGAGGAGGCUGGGGAGCUGCACUUCGCCCACACGGUGAACGCCACAGCCUGCGCCGUCCCACGCCUCCUCAUCGCCCUCCUGGAGAGCAACCAGCAAGAGGAUGGCUCGGUCCUCGUGCCCCCUGCCCUGCAGCCCUACCUCGGCACCGAUCGGAUCACGGCCCCCACCCACGUGCCUCUCCGGUACAUCGGCCCCAACCAGCCGCAGAAGCCCAGGCUCCCGGGCCCGUCCGCUUCGAGCUGAGAACUCACCGCCACCCGUCAGCAGGGCCACGGCCGCCUCCUGGAGCUUGGGGACCCCGGGGACCUGUUUUCCCACCCGGCCCGACAUCUGCGUUCCUCACACAGGCUCCGUGCCUGGGCCUCUUUACUACUUCUUCCUCGGAAUCGGCCAGUGACCCUGCUGUCACCGAUGGUCCCAACCUGCACCGGAAGGCAGGAUGCCUGGGGACUUAAAGGUUGUAGGGACGGGGGAAGAAGAGGAAGAGGCCUUCAAGCCUCCUUCCUUCUUCUCUCCCACAGUACGUCGCAGAAAGUCCCCAAUAAAUGGUCAGAACCAAG